GUUGGAUAGGAAAUAUAAUACUGAUGACCACGGUCUAGAAAAGUAUAUUGUUUCCAAAUUCUUGAGAUUCGACAUGAAAGAGGGAAAAUCUGUUUUAGAACAAACACAAGAAUUUGAGCUUAUCUUACAUUCUCUCCGUGAAGCAGAUAUGGAAUUGCCUGAAAAAUUUAAAGUCAUGGCUGUAAUUGAAAAAUUCCCCAAAUCGUGGGAAGAUUUUGGUUUGACUUUAAAACACAAAAUGAAAAAGAUAACUUGGAAAAGUUUGAUGCAUUCCAUUACUGUUGAGGAAGAACAUAAGAAAGCGGGUUAUAUUGUGCCUGUUGAAUUUCAGCCAAAGGCUCAUGUUGUAACCGGGGGAAAGCAGUCACAAAAUUCUAAAAAUAAACAACCAUCAUCUUUUAAACCAAUAAAGGCCAAAUUAAAAAUUGCAAAGAAACCAAAGGCAAACCGGCCAUGCUGGAACUGUGGACAGAUGGGGCAUUGGGCCAAAUUAUGCCCAAAUAAAAAGGCUAAGGCUCAAUCUGGUGGACCUCAAGUCAACGUGGUGACUGGAGGAACUAGUUCCGAUGGGUAUGUUUCCAUUAACCCUCAAGUUUUCACUAUAUAUAAUUCCAAUGAGUGGCUAAUAGAUACAGGAGCGAAUGUGCAUGUAUGUGCUGAUAAAUCGCUCUUUGUUUCUUAUCAGCCUGCGGUUGGAAGAACAGUGAUGAUGGGAAACACAAGUGCUGCUAGUGUGCAUGGAGUUGGAAAAGUAGAAAUAAAAUUUCCUUCGGGAAAAAUACUUACUUUGCAUGGAGUGCAUCACGUUCCCGAAAUUAGAAGGAACAUUGUUAGUGGUUCCAUUCUAGUUAGGGAGGGUUAUGAGUUAUCUUUUAAAUUUAAUAAAGUUGUAAUUUUAUUUGGUGGAAUUUUUAUUGGCAAGGGUUACUUGUCGGAUGGACUUUUUAAGAUUGUGGUUGAUUAUUUUGAAUUAAAUUAUGUAUCUGAGAAUUGUGAUUCUUCAACUUUAUGGCAUUAUCGUUUGGGUCAC